GGUUUAACUCCAGCAGGUGCAAUGGCAAAAGGGAAGGACCCUGUCGGUACGUCGGGUGACAAGGCAUUGUCCGAAGUAGAGCAUUUGCUAAUGCGGAAAACAUUCACGAGGGUUGAGUUUGAUCGUCUCACAGACUUACUGCGUGCAAGAACUGUAGAGCCUGACUUGGCUGCACAAGGGGAACACCAUGUGGAUAAGACCGAAACAAGAACCCGAAUUGAUGGAACAGGAGGCUCCACAUCUCAUGGGAUGGCUGUAGAUCAGUCUCCGCCUGCUAAUGUUCCGAUUCGUGGUGUUACUUCCCCUGCGGAUCUUGCAAAACAAUAUAUGAGCUCCCGUUAUUUGAAAGAACCCCAACCCAGCAGUUCGCGGAGUCAACUAUUUCCUGGUAACAAAGCGGAAGCAGGCAACACUGGUUAUUACAGGGCUUCAGGAGCACCACUUGUUCAGGAGCUGAAAGAAUUUAACAAUGAAAACCCUAGACUUCCUAUGAAUGGCUAUAUGUCUUCAGGAUUACGUGGGCGUUCAGCAAUAUGUAGAAUGUCCCGCUCUCCAUAUUUUAAGGGUCCAAGCUCUUACAGUGAUAUGAAUGCUUCGCCAUUUUCAUCAUCCCACACACGAACCCCAAGUUUGGCUGGUGACGGCAGGAAGGUGUUGAAACGAAGAGCCGACUUCGAGAGUGAACUUGGAUCUGUGGGCCCCAUACGCAGAAUUCGCCAGAAGUCGAAUAUGAUGUCUCAUUCUAAAGAUGCCAAAGCGAGUCCGUGGGGAAACUUCCCUCCUAGCCGUACAAUUGGUUCAAACUUUGCUGAAGGCAGUUCACCUCAUCAGGAAUCUCCUAGUUCAAAAAGGCUAUUGCUUGAGACUGGCCAAUCUCUGCGAACUGUAGAAAAACAGAGAUAUAGCGAAGAUGGAAAAUCUUCGAGUGAUAAUGUUCCUCCUGUCCCACGUCAACCAAACAAGAUGGCUGAGAAGAUAUUUGAGCAACUUAACAUAAUAGCUCCGUCACCAAAAGACAAACAAUCUGGGCAACGAUCUGUUGCUGGGAGUCCAAGUAAAUCCAUGUCAAAACUACCUGUUUGGCAAGACAAUGGGCCAAAGGGUGUAAGUGACCCCAGUAGUUCCCGUCAAUUUCAAGAUCUGGAUGGGGAUCGCCCCAAUGAUUCAGAUCUGAAUGGUUCCACAUUGAACAAGGACAAGCUGAAGAAAGAUGGAUCAUCAAAAGUUCCUUCCAACAUGUUUCAGGAUUCAGUCAACAAAGAAAUCAAGUCUGAUCAUGUUGCUACGUUUAAUAAGCCUGCCAUUUCGUGUAAUUCAGUUUCUGCUACUACAUCACGGAAGCCAGGCUUUAAAAUGGCUGUUUUUGAGGAUUUAUAUGAGCUUGAUGAUGACCAGGAGGCCCCUGUCCAAUCAAAGAAUUCGGUUAUUGGGACAGAGGUGAAGACAACUGAGCAGAAGUUUAACUCGAAGAUAAAUGAGCGGAAAGUUCAACUUAAUAAAUCUGAGCAGAAAGUGGAAUCAACCUUUUCAAAGGAGAAUGCUAUCAGUUCUUCAGUUAGUGAGCAGCCUAGAACAUCCACAUCAAAAGAUGUCUCUUCAUCAGGCUUGUUUUCGUCCAGUAAUCCUGAAAAGAAGGACACCUCUCAUGUUCCUGCAAAUAACAACAUUGGUUUUACAUUUCCACAUGUACCUCCUGGGGACAAUACUGAGGCUACUGGUUCAGCAGUUCCACUUGCUUCAAAUAAAGAUAAUAAACAGACCAGUGCUUCACCCUUUAUGUUUGGCGCGAAGCCGUCCAGUACAUCAGAUCUGGAAACAUCGACAACUGCUGGUGUAAAAACCGAAGGAAGACUUGGGGAGAGUGUCACCAAGCCCACAUCAUUGGAGAACACUAAUUUAGAGAGAAGGAACGGAAGGGAAAGAGCAGGAGAUGUCCAUAAAUCACCUGACAAGGUGUUACCUACAACUUCACCAACAUCGACUCCACCUCUCCAUUUUGCUUCUGCUGCAUCUACACCAAGCCUGAGCAAUGGCUUGUCGCAUGCAUCACCACCAAAGCUAUCAAAUGUCACACCCACUGAUAAACCUGCUGUUAGCCCAGCUCCGUCCACAAACAUUGCCAGCUUUGCUGUAUCCAGUAGCAGUCCACCUAUUUCAUCACCAGUUCCUGCAUUUCCAACUUUCAAAUUUGGCUCCAGCACUUCAGCAGUAGCAGCAGCUAAAUCAGAGAGCACAUCUACAGAGACAAAGCCAGCUAGCACUUCAUUCUUCGGUACUGUGGGCACUUCAACUGAAGGCAAAUCUGUAGCCCCAGAACCAGCCAGCAAGACAUCAUCAAAUCUGAAUAGUGCAUUCAAUUUCUCAUCAAAUGUCACAACCUUUUCGAGUUCUCCACUCACAUCCUCUUCUACUUUCUCGAGCACUGCAACAUUUUCGUCUUCUCCUGUUCCGUCUUCAGGUGUUGGAAUUGCGUCAACUAAUUCUGCACCAUCUACUACAAUGGCAACUACACCUGGUGUCCAGUCUGCUUCAGCACCAGCGUUUGCAUUCUCGAGCUCAGGAAACAGCAUGUUUGGGUUCAGCUCUCCAGCUCAAUCUACUGGUCUGAGCACAACUGUUGGUGGCAGUACUUCUCAAGCAUCUGCUGCUAGCACGAUCUUUGGUAGCAAGCUGCCACAGCCACAGGGCACAAUGUCACAGAGUUCGGCCACACAGUUUAGUUCUUCAUUCCCGACUGUGGCUACCGGAGCGGCAGCUUCAUCAUCUGGUCUAGGUACUGUGUCUUUUGGAGCGGCGGGGGCAUCCUCAUCAGGUCCAGGAAGUGUUUCUGUUGGGGUAGCAGCUUCCUCAUUUAGCCCUGGUCUCUUCUCGUUUGGAGCAGGGAUUCCGUCAUCUGGUCCUGGGACCGUGGGGUCUUUUGGAGCGGCACCUUCCUCAUCUGGACCUGGGACUGUGUCUUUAGGGGCGACAACUUCCUCUUCUGGGCCUGUGUUUGGUAAUUCACCAUUUGGAUCUGGAGCUGCAUUUUCAGCAGGUAGCUCUUCUGCAGCCUCGUCCUUAACAGCGGCAAGUACAAGUAUGUUCAGCAGCAGCACCACGGCUUCAUCGCCCGCUGCUUUCAGCAACCCAUUUGGUUCAACUCCGUCCCCUCCCAGCACGUUUACAUUUGGCCAAACAGCAUCUUCAGGGGGUGCCUUUUCAUUUGGAGCGAAGUCAGCGCCAGCUUUCUCAUCCCCAAGUCCUCAAGUUUAUUCAUUUACCUCGGGAAGCAUGAAUUCAUCCACACCGCAGCCUGUAUUUGGGGCGACAAAUGCCAACACGGGCUUCGGAACGGGUUCUCCUGGAAAUGAUCAGAUGAACAUGGAAGACAGCAUGGCAGAUGACACCAAUCAAGCAGCGCCACCGCAAGCGUCUGCACCGGUAUUUGGCUCUUCGAUAUUUGGGCAGCCAGGAAAUUCACCCGCUGCUCCAGUAUUCGGGCAGCCAGGAAGUUCACCCGCUGCUCCGGUAUUUGGUGCUCCAGCUGCCCAGCAGCCUGCCGGAGUUUUUCAGUUUGGCGGUCAGCAAGGCUCGGUGCAGCAGCAGAACCCGUCCUUCGCACCUGCUGGUGGUAGCCUGGAGUUUCAGGGUGGGAACUUCUCGUUGGGCAGCACGGGUGGUGGUGACAAGUCGGGCAGGCGGAUCAUCAAGGCCAAAAGGACACAAAGGAAGAAAAGACGGAAGAUGAUUGGUAGGGUCAUACAAGUUUUCCAGCAUCGAAGCUGUUCCCACUCGGUAUAUCUCAAUGGAGGCUGGGAUUCACACCUCAAGCUUGAGUUCGCCAACGAUGGCAGCGUUGACUUCAACGCAUCGUCGAUCCUGCUAGCUUCCCGCGAUCCAGCUGAUCUCCUGCCGUUUGGAAGAGCUCCCUUGAGCGAAGGAAUAUACGUCCGCUGCGGCGCAGAGGAUCACGAGGGCCUUCGUGCUGCUUCUUGGAUCCGUGCCGGGUACUGUCCCGUCCCGGCGAUCUAUAAAGAUUCGAGCUCUCUCCGUCUUGUCUGCUUCGAUCACGAGCAGCAGCGGCAGCAGCAAGCGAUGGGCAACACGUGCGUUGGCCCCAGCAUGGGCAAGAACGGCUUCUUCCACUCCGUCUCCACCGCGCUCUGGCGGGCGCGCCCCGAGGGCGACGCGCUGCCGCCCGCCGGCACCGCUAAUGGCGUCGCGGACCAGGCACCACCGCCCACGGACGUGCCUCUCACCGUCCACAGCAUACGCAAGGCGCCCGAGCCGGUCAAGAUCGCCUCCACCACCACCACCACCAAGGCUGCAGAGCCGGCACCCAAGCCCGCCUCCUCGGCCGCGGCGGAGCAAGAGGCCAAGUCGUCCUCGGCGGAGUACAGCUCCAACGACUCCACCUCCAACUCCGGUGACGCCGCCCGCCCACCGGCAGCGCACCGUCCCAAGGUACCCCCGGUGAAGCGCGUCUCCAGCGCGGGGCUCCUCGUGGGCUCGGUGCUCAAGCGCAAGACGGAGAGCGUCAAGGAGAAGUACAGCCUGGGGCGCCGCCUCGGGCAGGGCCAGUUCGGCACCACCUACCUGUGCGUCGAGCGGUCCAGCGGCAAGGAGUACGCCUGCAAGUCCAUCCUCAAGCGCAAGCUGGUCACCGACGACGACGUGGAGGACGUGCGGCGGGAGAUCCAGAUAAUGUACCACCUGGCGGGCCACCCCAGCGUCAUCUCCAUCAAGGGCGCCUACGAGGACGCCGUCGCCGUGCACCUCGUCAUGGAGCUCUGCGCCGGCGGCGAGCUCUUCGACAGGAUCGUGCAGAAGGGGCAUUAUACCGAGAGGAAGGCGGCCGAGCUCGCCAGGGUCAUCGUCGGCGUCGUCGAGGUCUGCCACUCCAUGGGGGUCAUGCACCGGGAUCUCAAGCCCGAGAACUUCUUGUUUGUUGACCAGACGGAGGAGGCCGCGCUCAAGACCAUCGACUUUGGCCUCUCCGUAUUCUUCAGGCCUGGUCAAAUAUUCACUGACGUUGUCGGAAGCCCUUACUAUGUCGCACCGGAAGUCCUGAAGAAGAAAUACGGCCCGGAGGCUGACGUGUGGAGCGCCGGUGUGAUCAUCUACAUCCUCUUGUGCGGUGUGCCGCCAUUCUGGGCAGAGAACGAGCAGGGUAUAUUCGAAGAGGUUUUACAUGGGAAACUUGACUUCCAGUCAGAUCCAUGGCCAAGCAUCUCUGAAGGUGCCAAAGAUCUCGUGAGGAGAAUGCUUCUCAGGGACCCCAAGAAGAGAUUGACCGCGCACGAAGUUUUGCGGCAUCCAUGGGUGCAGGUUGGUGGUUUGGCUCCUGACAAGCCCCUGGAUUCGGCCGUUCUAUCCCGAAUGAAGCAAUUCUCGGCCAUGAACAAGCUGAAAAAGAUGGCUCUCAGGGUGAUUGCCGAGAACUUGUCCGAGGACGAGAUCGCCGGCCUGAAGGAAAUGUUCAAGAUGAUAGACUCAGACAACAGCGGCCAAAUCACGUAUGAAGAACUCAAGGUCGGUCUGAAGAAGGUGGGGGCCAACCUCCAGGAGUCCGAGAUCUACGCGCUCAUGAAAGCCGCUGACGUUGACAACAGCGGUACGAUCGACUACGGCGAGUUCAUCGCGGCGACACUGCACCUGAACAAGGUGGAGCGGGAGGACCACCUGUUCGCGGCGUUCCAGUACUUCGACAAGGACGGCAGCGGCUACAUCACCCCCGACGAGCUGCAGCUCGCCUGCGAGGAGUUCGGCCUCGGCGACGACUCGGUUCACCUCGACGACAUGAUCAGAGAAGUCGACCAGGACAACGACGGUCGGAUAGACUACAACGAGUUCGUGGCGAUGAUGCAGAAGCCCACGCUGGGGCUGCCCAAGAAGUCCGGGGCCGGGCUGCAGAACAGUUUCAGCAUCGGGUUCAGGGAGGCGUUGAGAAUUUCUUGAUUCUUGAAGGAGGAGCUAGGUAGUGCGUGCUUCUUCUGUUCUUCUUGUACUCGGUCGGACACUAAUUUGUGCUCGUCCAAGACGGUUCUUGUAGAGAAAUUGUGACUUUGUGGGGGCGAUCUGCAUUUCGUAGCGAUGAAAUGAAUGGCAGCUCCUGGCUGGCGAGUAGCGGAGGAUCGGGACGUGUGUGUAGAGGCAAGGCAGGCAGGCAGGCAGACAUGGUCAUUAUUUGUCACUCCUGGAUGGGUUCAAUUGUGUAUUACUAAUAAACCACAGAAAGAUUUUUUACCUCCUUGUAUACAGUACAGUUAGCAGUAUAGUAGUAUGCUACUCUUUUUUUUUUUUUCGUUAGAGCAUCUCUCCGUUAGGAGUAAAAUCUCACUCAAAAAGACUUUUUGAUGAGGAGAGAGAAAUAUUUGUUUGUGUAUUAAA